AUGCGUUACUCUACCAUCGCAGCCCUCAGCUUCGCCGUCGUCGCCCAGGCCACCUGGGACGGCAAGUUCAGCUACCCCCCCGGCAUCGAGCCCCUCGGCCUGACCGGCAGCGCGGACUUCAGCGUCAAGACCUUCGGCCCCAUCUCGGCGCCCCCGGCCGACUGCAUCUCCGUCUGGCACCCUCCCCACCCGGACGUCUACAUCGACGACUGCGACUCCGACAAGGAGCACGGCUGGCACUGGGUCCACCCCGGAAAGCCCAAGUGGGGCAAGCCCGGCCACGGCAAGUGUGACAAGGACGGCAACAACUGCGGCGACAAGGGCGGCGACAAGGGCGGAGAUAAGGGCGGCGACAAGGGCGGCGACAAGUGCGACAAGGACGGCAAGUGCGGCGACAAGGGCGGCGACAAGACCAAGGACCACGACAAGCCCGAGAAGACCGAGACGCCGCCCCAGCCCACCGACACCCCCGACGAGCCGGAGCAGCCCGAGCCCACCACCACCCCGCAGUGGAAGUGGACCACCUCCACCAUCACCCAGACCGCCGUCCACACCGUCAUCUCCUGCGCCCCCGAGGUCACCAACUGCCCCGGCAACGGCGGCGGCAACGGCGGCACCGCCUACAAGACCGUCACCGUCCCCGCCGUCGUGACCAUCUGCCCCGUCCCCGUCAACCCGGCCCCGGCCCCCUCCGCGCCCCCCGCCGCUCCCCCCGCGGCCCCUACCACCGCCGUCGAGCAGCCCGCCCCCAGCGCGCCCGCUCCCCCGGCUACCCUCUCCUCCGUCGUCAUUCCCCCGGUAUCUGCUCCUCCCGCCGCGCCCCCGGCCGCCACCACCACCAAGCCCGCCGACAUCGGCACCGUCACCAAGCCCAACCCCACGGCCACCACCAGCCGCGCCGUCGUCACCGCCGCCGCUGCUCCCAACGCCCAGCGCGCCGGCGGCGUGGUCCUCGCCGCCGUCGCCGCUGCCGCCGCCUUCAUCUGA